AUAUGUUGCAUUGGUCGGUUUACUACCUCACAGGACAUCUCCUACUCUUGUUUGACCCAUGAGGACGAGUAUGGAACCGCUUACCUGCUCCGGUUUACAGGAGACAAGCCAUGUACCUUUAACCUAGAACUGAAGUCAGGUGGCUUUCUACUUUGCGAUCCGAUACCUAUCCACAUCGAGCGUACAUGUGAUGUGUCUCCAGUGGAGAGUGCCCUGUUAGACGUCGAUAUGGUGGAACACCCCUUUUGUCAGCCACUGUUCUCAACAAAAAUGGUGGAAGAAUUGGCAGUGUUACUAGACGACGUUCCAAAUAAAGUAUGGGAACUGGCCGAAAAAAUAAAGAUGCCAGCCUGCACACCCAUUCCAAAAUUUAGACGAGAGCGUUUUGGAGGAAGUCCUACACGCUGUGUGUUGUACUUCUUCCAGUGCCUUUGCAAAAAGAACUCCUACAGCAAGGAAAUUUCACUCCGUAUGUUGCGUCAAAUACUAGAGAAUUUGGAACUUGAACGAGCAUCAGAUAAAGUUAAAAAGUACCAAUGGCAUCAAAGAAAAGAGCCACAAGAGCACACAGACAAAAGUUUUCUUUAUGAACAAAACCACACAUCAAGGGUGGACACUGGCGCUUUUCCAGAUAGCAGCACUUGCGACAUUGCAGUUUCUCCUCACAAAACGGCGUUUUCUGUCCCCUCCACGUUUACUGAUGAUACACCCAAGGGAGGAACAUCUCCUCCGAGCACCACGGACCACCUGCCCUCAACCACCAACACUGUGAUCACCGGGUUAAAAUUCAAAGAUGAGGAAGACAUUUAUGAUGACGCGUCCUCUUAUACCGCCAAUGGUGCAACAUCAAGCUCUACCCCUGGGGCUACAGGGUUACAGAACGAAGACGAGGGGAUUUAUGAAGAGUGUUACUUGCACACUGACAGCAGGACUGGUACUGCAAAUACCGCUUCCACUGCACAUCUGAGCACGCUAUCUGAUGGGGACAACACAUCAACUAUGUGCCCAAGGGACACGAAGCCUAAAGGCAGAAGAACCAAGGACAGCGGCUAUGGAUCCAAAUUGUUCGACGAAAAAUAGUAGUCACACGAAGACGAAUGAAUUAACACAAUGUAUGGGGAUGGUAGUAAAAUUUGGCCAGUCAUAUGUAGAUGGCAGUUAAAAUGAUCCGAUGCCACAUGAACCAAGUAGAGCAGCCAUACACAGGGAUGCCAAGUGACAAUUCACGAAAUACUCUUCAUUCUCCCUUCCCCAAUAGAGAGAUGAGGUGACAUACUCUCGCCCUCCACUAUUGCAAUAACUCACGACAUCUCACCAAACACGAACUGCGUAGCAGACAUUUUUAUCGACAGGCCAAAGGUCGUCUCCAGGGCGACAUCAGCUUUUUACUG